AUGGAGGAUGAACACUCUUUUUCAGCUGCUACGUGACAUAGUCGCUAAAUAUUAAUUCUCGUUUUUACAAAUCUAGCAAUUAAAUGCUGAAAGAGGUGUUUUUGUCCGCCCUUGUGGUGGUCUGCAUCACCACUGCCAGCGGUUUUUACUACACGGAACAGACUGCAGACCAAGAAUUUCUGGUCAAGCAGAAGAAAGUUUACAAUUUGCUGUACCACACUUCCCAACCUAAUCUCGUCAUUAAGGAUUUGUUCAAAGAAGGAUUAGACUACAGUAUUGAAGCCAACAUCGAUUCCUACACCAAUAAGGAGGCAGUAACUUCCUUUAUCGAACAAUACAAGUUCGGAUUCCUGCCAAGAGGAUCUUUGUUCUCUAUUUACUACCCGAAGUUAUUGUCAGAAACCAAAGCACUCUUCAAGCUUUUCUUCUACGCCAAAGACUUCGACACCUUCUACAAAACAGCUGCAUGGGCGCGAGCUCACAUCAACGAGGCCCAAUUCAUCUUCGCGUUUUACCAAGCCGUUAUCAGACGACCUGACACUGAAUUCAUCCAAUUGCCACCGCCAUAUGAAAUCUAUCCCUACGCUUUCUUCAACUCUGAAGUCAUCGAAGCUGCCAAGAAUGUGAAACUCCUCAGAAAAGGCGACUCUGCUGAUAACAGCUACUUUAUAAUCCACGCAAAUUACUCGGGCUGGUACUUGAACCGAGACUACGACAUCGAAAUGAAACUGAAGUACUUCAUCGAAGACGUAAGUCUCAACACGUACUACUUCUUCUUCCGUGAAAACAACCCAUUCUGGCUGAGCUCCGAUGAAUUCGGCCUGGACAAACACUCCCGAGGAGAAGAGUACUUCUACGGACACAGGCAAUUGUUCAACCGGUACAACUUGGAACGUUUGGCGAAUGGACUCGAGAAGAUUGAAGACUUUGCUUGGGAUAGCGAGUUCUAUCCUGGAUACUAUCCAACGAUGGUUUAUCACACUGGAUUACCGUUCCCGCAACGUCCUCAAUGGAGCAAAGUUCCUCAUUACAAAUACUCCUUCGUCCAUGAUGUUCAUGACGCAGAAUCUCGCGUUUCCAUGGCUGUAGACUCUGGAUUUAUUUUAAGCGCCGGUGGCAAGAUGGUCAGCAUUGAAACCCACGAAGGUCUUAACUUACUGGGAAAUCUUAUUGAAGGAAACGAGGACUCGCUCAACAAGUACUUCUACCGUAGCAUUGAUACUUCUGCUAGAAGAAUACUAGGCUUCAAUCUCGAGCCGAAAACAGCAUACCAAGUGAUCCCCAGCGCUUUGGAGUCUACUUUCGCAUGUAUGAGAGACCCAGCGUUCUACAGACUCUACAAGAGAAUUGGAUACUACUACUACAGAUACAAAGAACUCUCCAAGCCAUACCCGAAAGAGCAGGUAGUCUUCCCGGGUCUGAAGUUUGAGUCUCUGAGCACAGACAAGUUGGUGACUUUCUUCGACAGCUUCGACACGACGAUCAGCAAUGGCUUGCCAAUUGCUGACCAAAAAGAAGCUGAUUCUCUGUUCAUAAAAGUACGCCAACAACGUCUUAACCACAAGCCGUUCAACGUACACAUGGUGAUAAAUUCUGACAAAGCUCAAAAAGUAGCAGUCCAGCUGUUCUUAGGACCAAAAUACGAUAGCCGGCACAGUUUGGUUGAUUUUUCCGAAAACUACAAGUACUUCUACGAAAUGGAUUACUGGAUCGUUGAUUUAACUGCUGGAGAGAACAAACUUGAACGCAGCAGCCACGACUUUUUCUACACGAUGCCCGACAAGGAGCCGAGUGAAAUUUUCUACAAGAGAGUAGAGAAAGCUAUCGCCGGCACUGAGCAAUUCACUUACAAGCAGAAUGUCUACGGAUUCCCAGAGCACCUUCUUUUGCCGAAAGGAAGCCAAGGUGGAUCGACCUAUCAAUUAUUCGCCUACGUCAGUCCAGUCGCGGAACCAGUUGAGUACAAAUCUCGCGUGUUUGGAAGCUACACUUACGACCACAAAGCCAUGGGCUUCCCUCUCGAUCGCCCUAUCUACUACCCUCACUUCCAAGGGCCGAACAUGUUCUUCAAAGAUGUCAACAUUUAUCUGGACCUUGACGUCGAUCCUAAUGCUACCGUUUAAGGUUAAUUCAGAAGUUUUAUGCUUUUAUCUUUUUGGUAUUUCAAUCGGCAGACAUCUGAUUGACCCCUAGAUAUGUAAUCGAAUUAUUUUGUAUAUUUUUAACAGAAUAAAGCACUGUCAAA